GUUCAUUCAAGAAUUAUUAGUAUUUUCUAUUGACUUAACAAUGAAAGUCGUAAUAAUUUUAGCAAUCUGUUCGCUGACCACAGCCGUAGCCAGCCCUGAGGGAAGAAGUGAGAACAGUGAGAAUGGUUGGUAUAUUCCUCAAGCUGAUGGCUCAUUAGUUUGGGUCUCAACCGAAGAGGGUGAACAAAUGUUGGCUGAUUUAGAGGAGAAAGAAGAAAUAGAGGGUCGCAUUUUACCAGUACCAGUGACUUUCUACCUGUACACAAAUAGAAACCCGUUUAAAGGACAAAAAAUUACUGAAACUGCCAAAUCCAUUACCAAUUCCGACUUCGAUGCUAGCAAUCCAACGAGAUUCGUUAUACACGGUUGGACUCAGAGCUACACUGCCGGUAUGAAUAAAGAUAUUCGUGCUGCCUGGUUGGCACGAGGAAAAUACAAUGUGAUCAUUGUGGAUUGGACACGAGCACGUUCCGUUGACUAUGCCUCCUCUGUUGUUGCUGUACCUAAGGUAGGCAAAAAGGUGGCCAGCAUGAUUAACUAUUUGGUCGAGAACUUUGGUAUGAAUUUGGAUGAAACCGAAGUUAUCGGUCACAGUUUGGGUGCUCAUGUGGCCGGUUAUGCGGGUAAGAACACUAAAGAGGGCUUGCUUCACGCCAUAGUCGGUUUGGACCCUGCCCUACCACUCUUUAGUUACAACAAGCCCGACAAACGUUUGAAUGCCAACGAUGCUCAUUAUGUCGAGUCCAUUCAGACCAAUGGCGGUCAAUUGGGUUUCCUUAAACCAAUUGGUAAGGGCGCUUUCUACCCGAACGGUGGUAAGACUCAACCUGGUUGUGUUUUGGAUGUAACUGGUGCCUGCAGUCAUGCUCGCUCCACCGCCUACUACGCCGAAGCUGUGGCGCGUGAUGACUUCCCCAGUAUGCGUUGUGGUGACUAUGAGGGAGCAGUGAGGGAUGAAUGUGGCGGCUCUUACAGUGGUGUGAAAAUGGGUGCCGUGACAAAUGCUUAUAUGGUGAAUGGUGAUUAUUAUGUGCCCGUACGUAGUUCUUCACCUUAUGGUUUCGGUUCGGCUUAAAAUAAUUGCACAUAAAGUGAUGAAAAUAACGAAUUUACUAGAAAAUACAAGUAUAUUGAUAUGAAAGUA